AUGAUUGCGGCCUACGGACCGUACUCAGCAUCUGCUACUGGUGGAAAUGCAUUCGCAAGAGACUUCCUCGCUGGUAUCUCUGCCAUGUAUGCCGCCCCUCUGUACCACAACCUCAGCCAAACUCGUCCCUCAGAGUUAGCUACAACGACACUCGCAGGCUUGUCUUGCUUGGUUGUCGUACCGAUUUAUGUAUUCUAUUGGAAAGGACCCGAGAUCAGGAAGGCAAGCAAGUUUGCUUCCAUUCUGGCCGAAGAUAGGAAAGCUGAGGGUGUCAGGCGUCUCAGCAAAGCGGACAAUCUCCCAGCGUAG